AUGUUUUCGGGACCCGAAUCUACGACAGUUACUGCUUUUGUAGCCAAGUUAUGGCAAAUGGUGUGUGAUCCUAAAUAUGAUGAUCUAAUUUCUUGGUGUGAUAAAGGUAAUUCUUUUGUGAUUAAAGAUCAAACAAGAUUUUGCUCUGAACUACUACCCAUGUUCUACAAGCAUAACAACAUGGCUAGUUUUAUUCGUCAGCUUAAUAAAUAUGGAUUUCGUAAAGUGAAUUCUUCUGUCACUUCUUCCUCAUUAAAGGGUGAUGUUUCUGAUUUCGAAUUUAGCCAUCCUCAUUUUAUCAAAGACUGCCCUUUUCUACUUGAUCAAAUCAAAAGGAAGGUUUCUAGUGCAAGAGAUAUAUCGGAAUUCAAAAGUGAUCAAGGCCUUCUUACUAAGCUUUUGCUGGAAGUACAACAGUUGCACCAAAAACAAUCUUCUUUUGAUUCUCGAAUAAGUUCUAUGAAGGCCGAAAAUGAUGCUUUAUGGCGGGAACACUCAAUUCUUCGACAAAAACAUCAAAAGCAACAAAAAAUAGUGAAUAGAUUAAUUCAUUUUCUACUUUCAUUAGUUCACCAAACCAGAGGAGUGAAUGUAAAACGUCGAAAUAUGCCACUGAUGUUAAAAGAUGGUACCUGUCUUUCAAUUGAAGGAUUGGAUACUACAAAAGAUCGACAUUAUACUACAGCAUCACCAGUAAUAUGUGAAUUAGUUUCAGAUAAUGUGUUUAAUCAAACUAAAUCCCAACUACUCUCAAACAGUCAAAAAAAUAUUGAUGUAAUAAUCCAAUCCCCAACUGAAGAAGGUACUUUACUGACAAAUCAAUUAGAUAACACUGAUCAAAUCCUUCUAGAAGUGCCUACUUCUUCUGCUAUACCUCUUUCAUUAGAAGAUGUUCCAACAAUAGUUUUAGAAUCUAACAAACCACAUAAUAAAAGAUCACUUGCAUUGUUGAGUGAUAAACACAUAGCAAAAGUACAAAAAAUUACUCCUACUGCUGGUUCAUCAAAAAUAUCUGCUACAACCAGUUCAAUUGAGCCAAAUUUAAUAAAUAUCAAACCAAUUACUCAAAAAGGUGAAGACAAAGUGCUUUUGAAAAAAUCCGGCUCCAAAUUUAGUAUUAAGGGCGUUAAGAAGAAACCAAUGAAAAGUUCUCGUAACAAUAAAAUUACUAUAGAAGAUAUUGAUUUACUGAAUAAUGAUUCUAAUAAUGAUCGAUUAUUGAAAGAAGACCCAGCAGACCAUUUAAAAUUAGAUUCUGAUGUGAAAUUAGAGUCUGAUGUAGCUUCUGUUAAUUUGUUUAGUGACGAUAUUGAUUAUCCACUUGAAUCCAAUAGUUUGUUAUCAUCUGACCCAAUCAUAUUAUCACCGUCUGGUACAGAUAUUACAUCCACUUUUACUGAGGAGCCAGGACAAGAAAAAAAUACAACCAAUUCUCUUGUUUUGAGUGAAAAUAAUGCAACAUUGACGAAACAAGAUGUUGAAAACCAUAUUGACUUAAUGCAGUCAGAUAUAGAAGCAUUAAAAGAAAUUUUACAUGGAGAAGGUUUAAGUUUGGAUGCAAGUGCAAUCAUGGGAUUAUUUAAUGGUGAUGACCCAAUUACAUUAAAUAUGCCUGAAGCAGGGAAAGAUGUUGAUAAUUUAAAUCCCUCUCCUGUUGGCAAUGAAUUGGUUUCAUACAGUUCUCCAAGCCUCAUUGACUUUGCUGAUGGUUUUGAUGAGGAUGAAUCAAUUUCAGGUAGCCCAUCUUCCUUUAUUGAUGAAAUUUCUUCAACUUUAAAUACACCUCAAGUAUCAUAUGGUGAUUUUUCAAGUCCAUCACCAAGCAAACGCUAUAUGAAGUAAUUUUCUCUCUUUUUUUUUGUAAUUAAUGUUUUUAGGUGCCUUGAUAAAAAAAAAAAUUAACCAUUAAGCUAUUCAAUUUUAAGUAAUUAUCCAUCUAUUUUAACACUACUUGACUUUUUUUUUCAUAGCAGCCACGAAAUAUAUAUUAAUUUGUAAUAUUUAAAAAAAAAUGUGUAAAUUUGCUUGUGUAUUUUUAGAAAUAUAUCAUCUCUAUUAGACUUGUUACAAACAGCCGUUUAGUGGAUAGCUAAAAAAUACAGUUUCUGGCAAAAUGUUUUUAUUAACAACUCUUGAAACAAAAAAAUCAUGGUGAUUGCAAUUUAUGGUAAUUAUAAUGAAGAGAAGAAUAGUUGGGGUGAUCCGUCAAAUAAGAAGGCAAAAAUAAAUGAUAAUAUUUAUUUUGACAUUUGCCGACGUUUUGACCUGAAGUUCAGGCCAAGCAAUGCUUUGAUUUACUUCUUUGCAGUCAGCCCUGAUGACGGCCUGAACUUCAGGUCGAAACGUCUGCAAAUGUCAAAAUAAAUAUUGUCAUUUAUUUUUGCCUUCUUGUUUGACUGAUCACCCCAACUAUUCUUCUCUUCAUUAUUCACGACAGUCAACCGUUUAUCCACAAUUAUGGUAAUUAUAAAUGGAUUAGCGUAAAUUUAUUAUAAAAAAGUUAUUUAAAUUUUGUUUAUAUUUAAUUUAAUGUCUAUAUUUAAUUAUUUUAUUCGGUUGUUGGAUUAAACAGUUUUGAACAAUUGAAUAAUUAUGCAUAUAUUUUUUUGUACAGAAUUAUUUAUGUUGUAUUAAU